CUUCAACUAGACGAAGUGGAAAAUGCUCCUCCUGCUUCUACUUCCUUCCACAACAAGUACAAGUACAAGAUUUUUUCCGAAAACAGUAGUACUUCUUUCGAAAUCAUCUCCAACAAAAUUCGCCGAAACACCUCUUUAGUCAGUGCACAGAACCACUCUCAAACCGCGAAAAAACCGGAAGAAUUGGUCGCGACAAUGCAGCAAUUGUUCCAGAUGCAAAACCUCAACUCUCUGCGACAUCGUCUAUUCGAUUUGCUGGGACAGAAUCCCUAUGCGGGGCUCUGUGUCCCAGAAAACGUAGAUCCUUGUACCUUCUAUUUCGCAGAGGACAAUGUGGAGAAUUUCGUUACUUCAUUAGAACAAGUGCCAUUGGGCAGCGGCAGUAAGAGGGCACUUAUCUUCAAGUCUUCUACAUCUAUUUCUGCGGAUGAACAAGCUUCUCAACUAGGAGAUGCUGUUGAUAUGGAGUACAACGUGUACGACGAUGCCGUUAAUAUCACUACUCGAGCUAAAGAAGAUGGUCUCAUAGAAGAUGGAGAAGAAGAUGGUGUUGCUGAAGAAGCUAGUCACAUAGAAGAAGAUGGAGACGCACGCGAAGACAGUGAUUUGGAUAGAAGAGGAUCCACUACUAGUACAACACGAGGGACGAAACCACUACAAGCCUCAAUCCCAAAAAAUGUUGAUCGUAGAAGAGGUCCUCCAAGUCAGGCUGGUCGCGGUUUGAGACGCGACUGCGCUUCCUCCGAUGACGAAGAUGAGUUACCUAUUGCCGCAAUCUCGAGUGAUUCUUCUUCCACUGGCAGUGAUGAGGAGGAUAACAAGCCUCACAUUGAUGCUUCGGACAUUGCAAGCGGACGAUUUUCGGAUUCAGAACAAGACUCAGGAUCGAGGCAGGGUUCGAGCUUAGCUGAUGCUGAUAUUGUUGAACGAGCUUCGUUUAUUGAUUUUGAUGACAAUGACAGACGUGACGAACAAGGCUCCAACUGGGUCUCGGACGACGAGAGCGACCGCAACACUACCGAUGUAGAAGAUCCAGCAAAUCAUGUACCAGCAAAUGCUGCUGAAAACGACACCCAAGAACUACCAGUCCGAACAGCAGACUCCGAUUGCGAAUAUCAUCUCCCAUUUGAAGAAGAGCUGUCUUCAGAUUUCGAACAGGCGAGCUACUGGACUUCCUCAACAGACUGGUCCGAUACAGAAUCAGAAGAUGAUGAGGCUUCACAGGCACAGCUUCGAGGAAGAGGUCAUACUACUAGUAGAAGAAGAAGUUUUUCAUCAGGUUCAUUGAUAGACUCUCAACAGUCGGAGAUAGAUGAUUCCGAUUGUAGUCCUCGACAAGAUGAGUCACUGUGAAGUUGAUUUUUCUAUCUUGUUGGCGCAGAAGACCAGAAGACUCGCCAAUUUAAUAUGUAGUUAUAGACCAUGACGAGUUUCGACAACAGAGUUUUUUAGAAAUACGACCUAAAACGAUGACAUACCUCUCACACGACAGAGGAACAUUACAGACACUAAGAAAUCCUAUAGAAGUCCUUAUACCUUUCGUACCAAACUAACAGCACACUCUCGCUAAGGGUGGUUGCUCGGGCUAUCAUAUUUCAGCGAAAUGUGAAGUAAAAACAAUAUCUAUAUCAUAGUUCUCGCCCAGAACAUGAUAUCAUUCUUAGAUUCUAGUUCCAAUGUAUGAACAAAGUACGCAACCUAUACUAGCUCUUUUAGAUCACAGACAGAAAAAUGCGCUCUAUUGCUCGACGCAGACGGGCUAUUUUUGGUUUUACAAUUUACAAGAGUUUAGCUGUGGAUGAUGAACGAUCUAACGUAAAACAUAUCGCUAUAUGUGCGCUACAGAUAGUAGCUUUUUUGAAUGAUAAGUCACAUGUUUUGGUGCGGACCAUCAAGUUACGAUAUGCAUGAGCACGACACAACUUAGGAUAAUAUUGUCGCAAUACCGGAACCAUGCACUUCGCGUGGACAUUAUAGUAAAACUUAAUCGGAGAAGUUUAUUGAUCAUCAGCCCAGAAGAAAUCAUAUUGACCGGAAAAACUUCGCAAAAAGGCGAAAAAACUCGUACUUUCUACAACUUAGCAACAACUGACAAAAAUAGUAGAAGAAGAUUGCCCAACUCAUUCGAUAAUACCCACUCACUGUGGCAACAUCUUCGAGAAUCAAUAAUAUUCGCACUCAUUCACGUUUCCACUUAUAUCGCUAGCUCACAUUGAUAUCCUC